UGGAUCUAUAAAAAUUGAUAAAUAAAUUACCAAGAGAUAUAUAUCUUGUACAAAAUAAAUAUACCAUUUGCAAAAAAAUCGUGUCAAUAUAAAAAGUUAGAGUUUGAAUUGUUUAACUCAUCGUGAUCGAUAAAUAAAUGUCAGUACAAAUCACUUGAUUAAAUCUUGAAAUACCCACAAACACUUUCCAAUAAUUUGUGUUCAAACACCUACGUUUUAUUUUAUUUUUUUUUUAAACAAUUUUAUUUAUUUAUUUUUUUCUUAAUCAAAUAAUAUAUACGUCAAUACCAUUUAUAGCUUGACCUCAAAAAAAUCAUGGAUCAUCAUGUUGAUCUAAAACUUGAAAAACAAAAAUUGCAUUUGUUUAUAGAAAUAUAGAAAAAAAUAUUUUAAUCAUAAAUAGUUUUAGUGUAGAAUGCUUAGUCUUAUUGAGUGUAAAACAAGCGUGAUGUCGUGGCCGGUGGCAAUGGAUUGUGUACAAAACUUUAAUAAUAUUGUUAAAUCACCAGUUGAUGAUGUUUUUGUUGUACGAAGACAAAUUGAAAAUACAACAAAACCAAAAGAAAGUAUUUGGCAACGUAAUAGUAAAGGUUUACUUUGUGCAUUGGGACAAUUUGGUUGUAAUGAUACACACUACAGUCCAGACACAAUUGGAACAUGGAAAUUUCACAGAGUAACAAGAUCAAGUCAUGAAGGGAUGAGUGGAGGAAAUGAUGGCAAUGGUGUUGGAGCUGGUGGUGGAAUUCAAAUUGCUGGAGGUAAAAAUACACCGCCACAUGGAUCACCAACACCAAUGGAUAAAGCCACCUUGAAGGUACAUCUACCAAAUGGUGGAAUGAAUGUUGUUAAAUUUGGUGAUGCAAUGGAUGUACGUGGUAUUAUAUCAUUAUUAACAAGUCGUCUUGCUGCUGGUACUCGUAAUUAUAGAAAUUUAUAUGCUAUGAGACUUCAUCAUCCUGGUUCUGGUGAGAGCUAUUGGCUUCAUCAAGAUACAACAAUGUAUCAGGUACAAGAAAAAUAUGAAAAAAAACAUCCACAUUCUGAAUGGAGAUAUGAGCUUAGAGUUAGAUACUUGCCACAAAACCUCAACGAUUUGUAUGAAAAGGAUAAAGUUACAUUUUAUUAUUAUUAUGAUCAGGUAAGAAAUGAUUAUCUCAAUGCAAAUCAGUCAACGCUUGACCAAGAUGUGGCUGUUCAACUUUGCUGUCUUGAGAUUCGAUAUUUUUUCAAAGACAUGCCGCAAGUUGCACUUGAUAAAAAAAGUAAUCUGGAGUAUCUUGAAAGAGAGGUUGGAUUGCACAAAUUCCUUCCACGCUCAGUGUUGAAUGGUGUGAAGCCAAAAACAUUGCGUAAACUUAUUCAGCAACACUUCAAGAAGGUCGCAGCUCUCACUGAGUUAGAGUGUAUGUUUAAAUUCUUCGAUCUCCUUCGUUCACAUUAUAGAUUUGAUCAAGAAAGAUUCAUUUGUGCACUAGGAUCAAGUUGGUCGAUACCUGUGGAGCUUGUUAUCGGUCCAGAUCUUGGAAUUUCUUAUAUGGCACAUCGAGGCGGAACUGUGCCAACAAGAAUGGCAGAAUUUUCCCAAAUUCAAACAAUUCAGACACUUGUUUCUGAUUGUAAAGAACAUGCAAAAGCAUGUAUCAAACUUCGUGUUGCUGGAGCUGCUGAAACACUCAGUAUUACUUGCUCGAGUUUGGAUCAAGCUGAAAGUCUUGCAGACUUGAUUGACGGUUAUUGUAGAUUAACAACAGGAUCCAACACUUCGUUGUGGAAUAGAAAAGCUGUCUCAUGGAAAAAUUAUCCCUGUCCAUGCAAAGAUGCACAUCCACCAAAAUACAGACAAGAUGGUAAUGCUAGUCCUGAAAAAAAUAUCAACAAGACUGGAACAAUUUUAUCUGAAGAUUAUGCUGAAAUUGUUGAUGAAGAAGGAGAUUAUUCAACUCCAGCUGCUCGUGAUUAUGAAAUUGUUAGAAAUCAAGUUGAACUAGGUGAAAUAAUUGGUGAAGGACAGUUUGGUAAUGUACACAAAGGAUCAUAUAAAGGUCGUGAUGGUCAAGCAAUUGCAGUUGCUGUAAAGACAUGCAAAGUUGAUGCUGAUUUAGCAACAGCUGAAAAAUUUCUUGAGGAAGCUUAUAUAAUGCAACAAUUUGAACAUCCAUAUAUUAUAAGAUUAAUUGGUGUAUGUUCAGAGGCACCAAUUUGGCUUGUUAUGGAACUUGCAAGAUUGGGUGAAAUGAGAGCAUAUUUACAAUCAAAUAAACAUCGUCUUGAUCUUUCAACAUUACUAUUAUAUACAUUUCAAUUGAGUACAGCAUUGUCUUAUCUUGAAAGUAAAAAAUUUGUACAUCGAGAUAUUGCAGCUCGUAAUGUUUUAGUAUCAAAUCAUACAUGUGUUAAAUUAGCUGAUUUUGGAUUAAGUAGAUGGGUUGAAGAUCAAAGUUAUUAUAUUGCAAGUAAAUGUAAAUUACCAAUUAAAUGGAUGGCACCUGAAAGUAUUAAUUUUCGAAGAUUUACAACAGCAUCUGAUGUCUGGAUGUUUGGUGUUUGUAUAUGGGAAAUAUUGAUGCUUGGAGUCAAACCAUUUCAGGGAGUUAAAAAUAAUGAAGUUAUACGUAAAUUAGAAAAUGGUGAAAGACUUGCACUUCCUGAUAGAUGUCCUCCACGUUUGUAUUCACUCAUGUCAUCUUGCUGGAGUUAUGAGCCAAGUAAACGACCGUCAUUUAAAGAUAUUCGUGAAAAUUUACAUGAAAUUUUGAUGGAAGAAAAACAUCAACAACAAGAAACCAUGAGACGAGAAAAUCGUCGUGUUCAAGCAAUGUCAUGGGGUACAGAUGAGGUGGCACCACCAAAACCAUCACGUCAACUUCAAGGAACUGAUGAUCAAAUGCAACCAACAUCAACAACAGCUCCAGUAUCAACAUAUAUUGUUGCUCAAAAUCCAGAGGUAUUGGCCCAAUUGAUGAAGGAAAAUCAAUCACGGGGGGUAUGUCCGUCUGUGUAUACAACACCAGCAUCAGCCUUCAAUACACUCGCGGUACAAUUUCAAGAAGAGGACAAAGUCCUUACAACUGCCCCAGUAUCUGAUUUACCAUUUUUUGAUCCCACAUCAUCUGAACCAAAUAGUAUCAGUUAUAAUAAUUCACAAUCAAUUGAAUCAAUUCAUUCAGAAACAAAUUUAGAUUCAAUUGAAUCAAAUGAUACAAUUUCCUCUAUGAUAUCUAGUCUUAGUAUGUCUGAAUCCGUUCAUAAUCAAUCACCUGCGGUUUGUAGAAAACAACAACAAUUAACGCAUCAGCAUCCACAACAACGUAAGGUUAAAGAGAUGCAAAAUUUAUACGCGAUUAGUUCAAAAGGAAAUAAUAAUAAUAAUAACAAUAGUAAUAACAAUAACAAUAGUAAUAAUAAUACGAGUGAAUUAUAUUCACAUAUACAAAAAUUUAACGUAUCUAAUGCUAUUCCAAUAUCGACAGUUUUACCAACAACAACAACAACAAUAAUAACAUCAACAACGUGCAGUGAAAUUUAUGGUCCAGUUAUUAAUUUUCCCCAAAGUUCCGCAAUUAUUGGAAAUUUUAGUCAAAGUCCAAGUAUUAGUGGUAAUAUGAAUGAAAAUCCAGGAAGUUCUGGUCCAAGUAGUUUAAACAGUGUAUCAGAUUGUCAGUUAUCAAGUCAAAUUGUUCAGCAUGCUCAAUCUAUUUAUCCUCAAAAUAAUCCAUUACAAGCAUCUGUUAUUGGUGGUGGUGGUAGUGGUGGUGGUGGUAGUUGUCAAAAUUUACCUCAAGUAAUAUCAUCCUCUUCCUCAUCCUCUACUUGUUCGUCAUCUAAAAAUAUAAUUGGUGGUAGUAGUGGUGUUAAUGUUUGUUCUGUACCCACAUCUGGGAUUGAGUGUUUGUAUGGACCUGUUUUAAAAUUUCGUGCACAAACAUCAAUGUGUGGUCAAAGUGGUGAAUAUAAACCAUCAACACCAAUUAUGACACAUGUACAACAUGCACAAAAUGCUCAAGUUGGACGUGUUUAUACAUCAACAUCAGGACAAAAUUUUCAACAACAACAACAACAACAUGGACAAAAUAAUCAACAACAAUUAUAUACAAAUAUUGGACAACAACCAAUGUAUGUUUCCCGUUCACAGUAUAUAACAAAUAUGAGAAUGCAAAAUAUAAAUAAUUCACCAUCAUCAUCAAUUUCAUCAACACAGUAUCCACUUAAUUAUAGUCAAACAAAUGGCUCAUCACCAAUAUAUACUGUUCAUGCAACACCAGCUGUAGUUGUACAAGCACAAAAAUUAUCUCAUCAAGAUUAUCAACAACAUUCAAAUCAACAAAAUAAUAAUCAUCAACAGACUGGUGUUGUUCAUUCUUCUUAUCAACAUACAAACCAAUCAUCAUAUCCAGGAUCCCCUCAUAAAUAUGUAUCACAACAACAACAACAACACCAACAACAACAAUCUAAUAUGAUUCCACAAAUGAUGAACACUGUUGUUUCAAGAUCAGUUGGACCACAAAUGGCAACCGGUAUUGCAAGAAUAACAACAUUUGUACAUUCAAAUCAUGAUGAACAACAACAACAGCAACAACUUUCAACAUCUGUUGAUGGAACAAUGUCCAGUUCUCUUGUUUCAUCAGCUGGUAAUGACAGUACCAUGUCCUCUAGUGGCUCACUCUUGGAAGAGGCUCAUCCAGAUCAGUUUCAGAGAAGCAGUCAGUCUGGAUUAUUUGAAAAUAUUACCGAGGAUUCAAUAAACGUUGAUGAGGAACAAAAAUUAUUGGAACAACGUUUAUUUGAACAACAACGACAGUCUGAAGAAGAUAGCCGUUGGUUAGCAAGAGAAGAAAAAAGAUUGUCAAUUGCAACAAGUGGUGAUGAAAGUGCAAGUCCACCAGUACCAAGAUCAAUGACACAAUCUCCUAGUCACGAUGUUAACAGUGCAAAUACAAGUUCAUUUGGUUCUGAUAAAAGUGAUAAAAUAAUAGUUGUUAAGAAAAUGGAACCAACACCAACAGCUGAUUUAGAUAGAACAAAUGAUAAAGUAUAUGAUUGUACAACAAAUGUUGUACGUGCAGUUAUGUCUUUAUUACAAGGUGUACAACAAAGUAAAGCUGAACAAUAUUUAGAAUUAGUACGUAGAGUUGGUGUUGAAUUGAGAGAAUUAUUAUCAUCAGUUGAUAUAAUUGUUGAUAUUCUACCAGGAUCAGCACACAGAGAAGUUGAAAUGGCACAUAAAGUAUUAAGUAAAGAUAUGGCUGAUCUUGUGUCAUCAAUGAAACUAGCACAAUCAUAUUCAUCAACAACACUUGAUGCAGAAUAUCGUAAAAGAAUGCUAUCAGCUGCUCAUGUAUUAGCUAUGGAUGCCAAAAAUUUAUUAGAUGUUAUUGAUUCAAUUCGCAUGCGUUAUCCUCAUGUAAAUAAUCAAAUAUGUGAACGUCAACAUAAUAAUAUUGUAUCAACUGGUCAUUCAACACCGGAAUCAAAUCGUAUACGUUCAAGUCAAUCUGGUGAACAAUUACUUAGACGAAGUCAAUCAAUUGAAAGAUCAGAUGUUCCUUUUAGACAAAGCCAAAGUGGAGAUUUAUUACACAGAUUAGGACAAUCUGUUGAUCGAGUAUUACCGGGAAAUAACAACGAUGUAAAUCCUAUAUCUAGUUUAGAACGACGUCAUCGAAUGGUUACAAAUAGUCUUGAAAGAAAUUCAACAGCAAGAAGACACAUAGCAACAAAUAGUCUUGAAAGAAAAAGACCAUCAAUAACAACAUCAGGCUCAACAAAUAACACCAUGAAUUUACCACCAAUGGUACCAGUAUCAUGUACAACUGUUCAAACAACAAUACCUAUUAUUCAUCCAAAUAAAAUUAUUACAACUGAUUUAAAUCAUUCAUCAAGUAGUUUGUGUUCUAAUAAUGGUAAAAUAUUAAAUGAAACACAACAAAAUGAUAGCUAACAACAUCAUUGGUGCAAAAAUAUUCCAACGUAAAUUAUUUUUCAUCUCACCAUCAAUAACUCAUUGUCAUUUUAAGUAUAAAAUAAAUUGUAUCUUUUUUUUUCUUGUUUAUAAAAAUGCUUCAAACUAAAAAUGUAUUUGUAUCGAAUAUUGUCACGAAUUUGUAUAUAAAUUAGACACAGACGUUCAAUUAAAGCAAUCAUUUUUUUUUUUUUUUUCUACUUAAAACUCCCAGAUAUAUUUAAGUACAUAUUGUUGCUUGAAAAAAAUACAAUUAAUUUAACAACAAUUUUGAUAAAUUUACUGUCAUUGAGUACUUAUAGAUAGAGACAGUAUUUAAUCAUUUUUAAACACGUCAAUGAUGUUAGAAAUUGACGUUGUUUAAAAAAAUCAAUAAUAUGAAAAAAAUAAAACUCCAAAGCUUUAGAUUAAUCAGCAGUAUAAUGUAUUUUUAAAUAUAUAUAAUAUAACAAGAGUCGAGCAUUGAGUGAUGCAAAUAAAGUGCUCAACAAAAAAAAAAAAUAAUAAAAAGAAAAUCAUAAUAUUAAUAAUAAUAAAGGAAAUUAAUUUAUAUCUUGCAUGUCUAACCACGUUGUAGAAUUUAAUAAUAAUCAAUAAUUUUUUUUAAUUAUUACGUGAAAAAUUUAUAAUAAUAAUCAGUGAAAAAAAAAUUGCAAUGCUUGAUCCUGUAGAAAAUUUAAUACUUUUGUAAAAUGUAUUUGUAAUUUUUUUAGUAUUAUUCAUUGAUUUUUAUAGUUGAUGAUUAUAUACAUCAAAUUUUAUCAAUUAUUUACUGUCUAUUUUUAAAAUAAUGCUCACAAUUUAGAUUAUUUUUAUUAUACAGUUGUAAUUAUCUUAAAUAUUUGCACCAAAAAUAUUAAAAAAUAAUAUAGAUUUAGUAUUUUAUUAAUAUUUUUAUCUGUUUUUUAAUUUUUUGAAAAGAAAAUAAUAGGUAAUUCCAGUUGAUCAUUUUUGUACUGAUUUUUAUAGAUUUUUUUAAACAAAAUUUAUUUGAUUAUAUUGAGCUGAUAAAAUAUAUUUGACAAUUUUUCGAUUUUUAAAUAAAUUUAUACAGUUACUUAUAUUGAAUUUACAAAAAAAAAAAUUGAGAAAUUAUAAAAAAAAAAAAAAAAUGGAUAACUAAGUAAACGAUGAGUUGAUGAGUAUUGAAAUUUUGAAUUUAAAUAUUUUAUUGUAUGUAUAUAGCAUCUUGAUACUAUUGAUGUCAUUUUUUUAGUGUAAAUUAUUUUGUAAAAUGAUUAAUUUAUAUGUGUCGAUUAAAUGAUGAGUGAAUUAAAUAAUUUAAAAAGAAAAAAUAAAAAUGAAUAA